CACUGCACGAAAUGGAGUCUGGGUUACUUCAGGUCAGCUGGAAGUUCAAAGGUCACUCAUCAGCUGGUGCUUCGGCAAGCAAAAUUUUCGUGCGGCCACGUCGCCUUUUGCGGAGGUUUUUAAGAUGGUGAAAGUGGUUUUCCUGCACCCUGACCUGGGGAUCGGGGGCGCCGAGAGACUUGUGGUGGACGCGGCGCUGGCGCUGAAGUCCCGCGGACACGAGGUGCGGUUCCUGACGGCACACCACGACCCGGGUCACUGCUUCCCCGAGACUCGGGACGGUACGCUGUCCGUGACCGCUGUAGGAGACUGGCUGCCCCGUUCUGUACUGGGCCACUGCUACGCACUGUGUGCGUACCUACGGAUGGUGUAUGCGGCUCUAUGGCUUGUGGUGGCGAGCCGCUGGGACUACCAGGUCGUCUUCUGCGAUCAGAUCUCGGCAUGUGUGCCCUUCCUCAGGCUGAACCGCUGGGCCCGUGUGAUCUUCUACUGCCACUUCCCCGACCAGCUGUUGACUCAGAGACGCAGCGCGCUCAAGCGGCUGUACCGAGCACCCAUCGAUUGGCUGGAGGAGACCACCACCGGCAUGGCUGACUGUGUGCUGGUCAACAGCAACUUCACAGCUGGUGUGUUCAGAGACACGUUCCGCUCGCUGGCACACGUGACCCCCGCCGUGUUGUACCCCUCGCUCAACUUCUCCGCUUUCGACGCGACCGUGGACCCGCCCGGAGACCUCGUCCCGCAGGGGGUGGGAACCGUCUUCCUGUCAAUCAACCGCUACGAGAGGAAGAAGAACCUCAGUCUCGCCAUCAGGGCGCUCGGAAAAGUGAAGGACACUGUACCAGUCGACCAGUGGCCAACAGUACAUCUCAUCAUGGCCGGCGGUUACGACAAUCGCGUCGUCGAAAACGUCGAGCAUCACCAAGAACUUGUCUCACUUGCGGAAGAGCUCAACCUCACAGACCACAUCACUUUCCUGCGUUCCUUCAGCGAUGCCCAGAAGAGAACUCUCCUCACCCACAGUACCUGCCUCCUGUACACCCCUAGUAAUGAGCAUUUUGGUAUCGUCCCGCUGGAAGCGAUGUACAUGAAAUGCCCUGUGAUCGCAGUCAACAGUGGCGGCCCUUUGGAAACCGUUGGCGAUAAAGAAACCGGUUUCCUUUGCGAUCCUGACGCUGAGAGUUUCUCCAAAGCGAUGCGGAAGUUCGUGGAAGAAAAGAAUUUGUCUAAGAAAUACGGGAACGCGGGAAGAGAUCGGGUUGAGAAGAAGUUCUCGUUCAAUGCGUUUACUCAACAGCUAAAUAAGGUAGUGGAAGAUACCAUGAAGCUGGAACCGAGGGGGGGUUGGGUGAUGACAACAUUCGUGACCCUACUGUUCAUAGUUGGUGUGGGUCUUGCAGCUAUCCUGGCCCAAAUGUUAGGAUAAAAGAAACAUGUGACUGUAUGUUUUAGAUGUAGAUUUAGAUGGCCAUUAAGUUACUAUAAAAUUAAUUCUAUAAUUCUAAGUUACUAUAAAGCAUCCAAAUCAUCCAAACUAUUGCUUUUACAUUCUUGUAACAAGGAUAGCCCUUUUGUAAGUGUGCUGAAUGGACAGCAUUGCCUGAAUAUUAUGUAUGUAUGCUGCACAAUAGCCAAAAAAGUACAAAAUGUACAAUGUUAUGAUAUUUUUACUGUAAUGGCAUUCCAGUAAUUAACAAAGUUGUCGCAAAUGUGAAAUUGAGUGCUAUUUAAGUUGAGUACAACUUUUUGUCUUCUUGCAAUGCAUUGCCACAUUGUACAAGAUUAUGCAUGUUUAAAAACAUGGA